GGCGGGCGCACAGCGGCGGGGCCGGAGCCGCGGGGGAAGCGGCGGCAGCUCCGGCUCGCGCUGCGCCUCCGCCAACCGCCGGGCACGGUCUGCGUCCAUGGGGCUGAGCGGAGCCCGCUGAGGAGGGGACGGAGAGGGGGAGCCGGUGCCGGCCGCUUACUAUGAGGACUGAGCCUGUUCUGGUUUUCAUUUUGGUAACAGAGCUGGAGCAGCCAUGCAGCAGGUACUGGAUAACCUUACUGAUCUGCCGACGUCGACAGGCGCUGAAGAAAUAGACCUGAUUUUUCUCAAAGGAAUCAUGGAAAACCCGAUUGUAAGAUCGCUUGCUAAGGCUCAUGAGAGACUAGAAGAUUCUAAACUUGAGGCUGUCAGUGACAACAACCUGGAGCUGGUGAAUGAAAUUCUUGAAGACAUCAGCCCUUUAGUAAAUAAAGACGAAAACAUUGCGGAAUUGGUUGGAAUACUCAAGGAACCCCAUUUUCAGUCACUCUUGGAAGCACAUGAUAUUGUGGCUUCAAAAUGUUACGAUUCCCCUCCUUCUAGUCCAGAAGUCAAUAAUUCUUCAGUGAACAACCAGAUCGUUCCAGUAGAUGCUAUUCGUAUUCUUGGAAUUCACAAAAGAGCAGGAGAACCUCUGGGUGUUACAUUUCGAGUUGAGAACAACGAUCUGGUAAUAGCACGAAUCCUCCAUGGUGGAAUGAUAGAUCGACAGGGUCUGCUGCAUGUAGGUGACAUUAUUAAAGAGGUGAAUGGCCACGAGGUUGGAAACAAUCCAAAGGAGUUGCAGGAACUGCUGAAAAAUAUUAGUGGCAGUGUCACUCUGAAGAUUCUCCCCAGCUACAGAGACACGGUUAUUCCUCAGCAGGUUUUUGUGAAAUGUCAUUUUGAUUAUAACCCAUAUAAUGACAACCUCAUCCCAUGCAAAGAAGCGGGGCUGAAAUUUUCUAAAGGAGAAAUUCUUCAGAUUGUAAACCGGGAAGAUCCAAAUUGGUGGCAGGCCAGUCAUGUCAAAGAAGGAGGAAGUGCAGGGCUCAUUCCUAGCCAGUUCCUGGAAGAGAAGAGAAAGGCUUUUGUUAGAAGGGACUGGGACAACUCAGGGCCUUUCUGUGGAACAAUAAGCAGCAAAAAAAAGAAAAAGAUGAUGUAUCUUACUACAAGAAACGCGGAAUUUGAUCGUCAUGAAAUCCAGAUCUAUGAAGAAGUAGCCAAAAUGCCUCCUUUUCAGAGAAAAACGCUGGUCUUAAUUGGGGCCCAAGGAGUGGGACGAAGAAGCUUGAAGAACAGGUUUAUAGUACUGAAUCCUACUAGGUUUGGAACUACAGUGCCAUUUACUUCACGAAAGCCAAGGGAUGAUGAAAAGGAUGGACAGGCAUACAGAUUUGUGUCACGAGCUGAAAUGGAGAUGGAUAUUAAAGCUGGCAGAUACUUAGAGCAUGGAGAAUAUGAAGGAAAUCUUUAUGGAACUAAAAUUGAUUCUAUCCUUGAAGUUGUUCAGACAGGAAGGACGUGCAUUUUGGAUGUGAAUCCACAGGCCCUGAAAAUACUGAGGACUUCAGAAUUCAUGCCCUACGUAGUGUUCAUUGCUGCUCCAGAGUUGGAGACACUGCGUGCUAUGCACAAGGCUGUGGUAGAUGCUGGAAUUACAACCAAACUUCUCACUGACACCGACCUGAAGAAAACAGUGGAUGAAAGCGCCCGGAUCCAGAGAGCGUACAACCACUACUUCGAUCUGACCAUCGUAAAUGACAACCUAGACAAAGCCUUCGAGAAGCUGCAGACUGCUAUAGAGAAACUGAGGCUGGAGCCACAGUGGGUCCCCAUUAGCUGGGUGUACUGAGAUUGCUGAAGAUGAGCUUAAGUAACAAAUAAAAUCAACUGCAGCAACCAAACUAACGUGACGGGAUGUGGUGUAGAUAGCGAUGAUAACUGCAGCGCCUGCGCAUUUUUACUCUGUGUAUAUUCAAAAGUACACUGCUCUGACUUUUUAUAAUAACGCCGAAGAGAAAGUGUACUUAAAUAUGUAAUUUAUUUUAAUUUUUCUAACUUUUUACAGAUAACCUUUCUAUUCAUAUCACACGAAGGAAAUGCGUUUAAGCAUUUUAUACGUUUUGAUUUUAGUACCUUUGCCUUUUUCAUCGGAGAAACUUUCAGUCCUUCACUUUAACAUUUACAUCUCGGUCUUACAUUUUCACUGUGACUAAAAAGAGGAUACUUGAAACAAUUUUUGUCGAACUCGGUCACGUCAGUGUUUAACCGCUCAAAAGUCUGUCGCUUUUAUUAGGAAACAACAGAUUUCUUUUUCUUUUCUCCUUAAAAAGCAAUGAUUUGACAAGAGUAGAAUCUCAAACGCUAACAGCGACAAGCGGCACAGCUCCAUUGCUCCAGCUUCUUUCUGCUGAACGUUGAAGCAUUCUUGAUGUUUCAUGAAUUCCUGACGUCUCUUGAUUUAGGCAACUGUUCUGUAGGUUCCCUUAUGCGUCCCUUGCAAUCACACGAAGCAAUACCUUGCAAGCUGCUCAUCAGCUGUUCUUGGGAGCCUGCCCGUCAGAAGCCUCUCGUGGUGGAAGUACCUGCAGCAGGGAGCGUGUCUGCAAGGUAAUUCAGUGCAGUGGUGAUGUAGCCAGAGAGAACCUGAUAGCGGAGCCUUGUAGAGCAAAGCUUAAUAUCCAGGACUGUUGUAUUCAUGCAUGUGGAAACACAUUGAUUUGAGAAACAAAACAAAACAAAGAAGAACCCAGCCCAGCGUUUUCUUUUCUUAGGACAUCGUUUGAUGUUUAUGUAGUGAUCUGUGGCUUAAUUUCCUGAGAGAUCUAGCUGAGUUUUGUGUUCUCUUUUGGAAAACUGUUGUAUUUUUGAGUGUGAUGUAAUGGAAUUUCUGUGCUCUUUGUUGCAUUGUGCUUUUAAUUGAUUUUUUCAUUAGGUAGCUUGUGAAUUGGAAGCCUGCUGCUAAAAAUCCACCCUGUUCAUCAUUUUUGUGCUUUACAACGUACUUCUUUUUGUGUUUGGUGACAGUUGUCCCCUUUGUAGGCCCAUAGACAUAAGUCAUAUUAGGUUUGUUGAUCAAAGCUUAUGCUAAUGUAAGUUUCUGCUUGACAAGAACAAAAUGAAAAUACAGCCUGUCACCAAGACUUGCUCUUUUUGUGAUCACAUUUUAUAUUAUCCUGUUAGCUGUUGUAUAUAGCAACAUUCACCAUUCCAUAGCAAGCUAAACAGAAGUCAUCUAUAUUUGCUUAAUUCCUCUUCCAUCCGGUGACAGGCACCUUGCUUCUGAAUUCUUUUUCAGCACCAAAGUGUGAUACAGAACACUGCAAAAAGCAAUUCUUCUUGUUUCUAAAGGAAAAGAGGCCUGCGUGCUGUAAAGCAUCAUUGGCUCCUGGGGCUCUUAAAGCCUUCUACGU